AUGUCAUUGAACGCGUCUUGGGCACCAGUCAAUGCCACCAGCUCUGAGCUAUGGGGUCAGCGGGCACUGAUAGAUGGUAUGAUGAUAUCUAGUGUCGGUUAUGGCAUUAACGUGACGCUGUUUUUCCAGUGCUUCAAUAUACUCGUGUCUCGGCAUCGCAAGAGUCGCACAGACUGGUUCCAUCUCGUCUACAUUUGCCUCCUUUUUACGAUGGCGACUUUGGGAAACGCCAUCAAUACAAAGUGGUGCGAGAUGAUGUUUGUCGACGACAUCAACUUUCCAGGAGGGCCUGUAGCCUUUAACUCCGAAGAGAGUGGAUACUUGAUGAAUCUCGUAGGCAACUGUGUAUACAUUAUCAACUUAUGGUUUCAAGACGGUCUUUUGCUUUACAGAUUCUACAUUAUUUACCGGCGUAACAUCUACAUUACCGCACUCCCUGUGUUGACAUUCCUAGUAUCUAUAGUACUCGGGUGUUUGUUGAUGGCACUGAUCGCUGACCCGACAAACAACUUCUAUGCGGGUUUCGCAUCUCACCUUGCCAUCAUCUAUUGGUCUCUCUCCAUUGCCUACAACGCUGUAUUGACAUUGGCGAUCACUGGAAGGCUCAUGUGCAUGCGCUGGAAGAUAAAGCGCCUGCUGAAUUCUCGCGUUUACACGCCUUACGUUUCUGUCAGCGCAAUGUUGAUUGAAAGUGCGGCGUUGUACACGAUCAACGGGUUAAUUUUUGUGAUUGGAUUCGGACUCAAUAGCAACCUGCAAAACCUCGUUAUGGAACUGCUCGGGCAGACGCAGUCAAUCGCCCCCUUGAUGAUCAUAUACCGCGUCCUAAAGGGGCAGGCGUGGACGAAUGAAACAUUGAAGACAUUUGGAUCUUCUGGGUCGACUACUCUUGGCACAGAUAUGCAGCUAGUCGCUCGCGGUUCCUCCAUCAAUCGGUCCAAAACUGAGAUGAGUAGUAACACAGGAGAUAGAGAUUCGGUCAAGCAUAACAAUGGCACUCUAUCCGUCAAUAUUUCUCAGCAGACCGUCAUUGCUAGUGACGUCCAGGUUUGA